UCUACGUGCUAUCCAUGCUGUUUCAUCAUUGCGUGUAAAUCGGAAGCUUACGAAAUCCGCCCAAAAGCAUGCGGAAUGCAUGGCUGCGGAUAAUGAACUCCACCUCAUUCCCGACGUCGAGGCCGGUCAGAGCAUUGCCAAACAACAAGCUACACUUCCUUUCCACGUUUCCGGCGCAACCAUCGCACGCUGCUGGUACUCGCGAUCGGAAAAUUACAACUACAACACUGAUUGUAUAACGGUAGCAA